CGGAGGGGGAGGGGAGUGCGGCACCGCAGGAGACACUGCCAGUCUGCUUGCCCCUGGGCGAGAGCAAACCUGCUCCUCGAGCCCCACCCCUAGGGCCGCGUACUCUUCACCUCUAGAGGAGGUGAGGGCUGGGAAGUAGGACACCCAAGCGACGCCUGAGGCGUGGGGAUACACCUAGGAGAGCGUCCGGUCCGUGUCUGUAGGUGUGCGUGCGCGUCUAUAUUUGUGUGCGUGUGUAGCCCCUCCCUGAAGCAUGUUUUUCACUUGUGGUCCAAAUGAGGCCAUGGUGGUAUCCGGUUUCUGCCGAAGCCCCCCUGUCAUGGUGGCAGGAGGCCGAGUCUUUGUGGUGCCCUGUAUCCAGCAGAUCAGAAGAAUCUCUCUCAACACACUGACCCUCAAUGUCAAGAGUGAGAAGGUUUAUACUCGUCAUGGGGUUCCCAUAUCAGUUACUGGCAUUGCCCAGGUGAAGAUCCAAGGCCAGAACAAGGAGAUGUUGGCUGCUGCCUGUCAGAUGUUCCUUGGGAAGACUGAGGGUGAAAUUGCCCACAUUGCACUGGAGACAUUGGAGGGCCACCAGAGGGCAAUCAUGGCCCACAUGACAGUAGAGGAGAUCUAUAAGGAUCGCCAGAAAUUUUCAGAGCAGGUGUUCAAAGUAGCUUCAUCUGACCUUGUCAACAUGGGCAUUAGUGUUGUUAGCUAUACUCUCAAGGACAUUCAUGAUGAUCAGGAUUAUCUGCACUCCUUGGGGAAGGCUCGAACAGCUCAGGUCCAGAAAGAUGCUCGUAUCGGGGAAGCUGAGGCCAAGAGAGAUGCUGGGAUCCAGGAGGCAAAAGCAAAACAACAGAAGGUUUCUGCUCAGUUCCUGAGUGAGAUAGAGAUGGCCAAGGCACAAAGGGACUAUGAGCUGAAGAAGGCUAUUUAUGAUGUUGAGGUCAACACUCGUCGUGCACAGGCUGACUUAGCCUACCAACUUCAGGUGGCAAAGACAAAGCAGCAUAUAGAGGAACAGCGAGUGCAGGUGCAGGUGGUGGAGCGGGCCCAGCAAGUAGCAUUGCAAGAACAGGAGAUAACUCGUCGAGAGAAGGAACUGGAAGCCAGAGUUAAGAAGCCUUCAGAGGCUGACCGCUAUCGCCUAGAGAGACUAGCUGAAGCAGAGAAGUCCCAACUGAUUAUGCAAGCAGAGGCUGAAGCUGAGUCAAUUCGGAUACGAGGGGAAGCAGAAGCAUAUGCUAUAGGGGUCCGGGCCCGGGCAGAGGCUGAGCAGAUGGCAAAGAAAGCAGAGGCUUUUCAAUUGUACCAGGAAGCUGCCCAACUCGACAUGUUGCUGGAGAAACUGCCUCAGGUGGCUGAGGAGAUCAGUGGUCCUCUAAGUUCUGCCAAAAAGAUCACACUGGUAUCCAGUGGGGGAGGUACGCUGGGAGCUGCCAAGGUGACUGGGGAAGUAUUGGACAUCCUAAGUCACCUGCCAAAUUGUGUGGAGAAGCUCACAGGUGUCAGUAUUUCCCAGGUUAAUUAGAACAAGCCAGUUUUUGGAGCAACCAAAAAAUUUUUAAAGGGGAGGGCUUGGAUUAAAUUCCUAUUGUGCACCAGUCAACCCUUCCAUGAAGUUUCCUGAUCUGAGCCCUGGCUUCUUUGUUCCUACCCAACUCAUGGCACCACCCCUUUAGGGUCCUCCAGACUUUCCUACUCAGUUGCCUGUGCCUUGUUGUGGGGAGCUGCUCCCCAUUCCCAACCCCACACUGCCAGGGGCUGUCAUCUCCCCAGCUGAUUGCCACCUCCCCCCCAAUACACUUAUUUAAUCAUCUAAUUAAAUGAUUGUCUGCAUGA